GGAAUUAAGGUGGUGUAAAAACUAAACGGCGAACUUUCGCCGCGAGGCAAUUAAAGAAAUAACAGUCGGACGCAACGAGAGUGAUGAUAAGAUAAGAAUGAAGAAAUUCGCGACAAACUUCGGAAUUAGUCUCCCCUCGUUUUCGUUCUUCGUCCUCUUAGGCUCGCUUAUUGCGGCGAUUUCGGGCAUCACGACUGCUCUCGUCCACGUCGAGAAGAAUGACAUCCCGUUGCACAGCGUCGAAUUAACGCAAAAGGGUUACAUUCAGUUUCUCAGAUGGGCAUUACCCGUGCCGGAAAUUCAUGAAUUUACAUUCUGCCUUUGGAUAAAGUCAACGAACCUCGAAUAUCCACAUUCAAUCUUCUCGUAUUCGAGGAACGAGCGGGAACGUUUGAUUCGAUCUUGGAUAUCGUCGCGCGGAAAAAGCAUUCACCUGGAAAUCGGCGGGGUGGAGAUAUUUCGAAGGUCGGUUCGCAUACAAGAGCAUCGCUGGUACCACAUAUGUCAAAGCUGGGAGAACCGGGUCGGUCGUUACGCUUUGUGGCUGGACGGACAUUUGGAGUUGCAAGGUCAUCUCGAGGAGAUGAUCGACUACGUGAUUCCGGGAGGCGGCGAUAUCGUCUUGGGUCAAGAAUACACGGAUUUCGAUAAGGGGCUGGAAGAGGGCAUCGAGGGUUCGGUUUUCGGCUUUAACCUUUUGCUGGCCUCGGCGUUCGAUUCUCUCGACGACGGCCAUCAAAGGUCCUUUUUCCGAUCGAUCAAUGGAACUACGGAUCAGGCCAGGCUUCCCUUCAUCGCUCAGGCAAUCAGGAUGAAAAUAGCGAGGCGUGAUUCGGAUCUCAGAGCGACGCGUGCGCUCGACAGACGGAUUCCGACGCAAUUUAAGCUCGGUCCUAAUUGGUCCCGCAAAAUCUCUCAGCAGAAUUCGCGUCGAUUAAAUAUCGUCAAUGAUACGCGGGAAGAGAGAACGAUUCGUAGAAACGCGAUCACCUUUGUCGAUGACUCGACCGGAGGAAUCGACCUAUCCGGAGAACCGUCGAACGACCCUUUGGGUCUGCAGUUAAUCAAAUUGUCCUACGUUCGCUGCCGGUUAGGCAGAGGUAGUCCUCCCAUAGGCGGUGCUUUAAUGUUGAUUUCUUGGAGCAGAACACCCGUAAGGAUGUUCGGCGGUGCUACCAUAAAAAAUAUCGGCGACGAGUGCGGAAAAUUUUAA